GCCUGCGAUUUCUGCCUUAUCCAGUAAGUCCCUUCGCCGAACAAUUCCUUCCCUCCCCUUCGACAGAACAUCUAUCACCAGUCUACCAUCAAAAUGACUGAUGUACCUUCUCAAGAUAGCCACGAAGACCACGACGAGGCUGCAACCGUACUUGCAAAUUCCAACAUCAAUCUAGAAUUUCCAGAGAUUGCUUUGAACCUCUCACUUGAGUCUCUACAUGAGCUUUCUCAAUCCUCCCGCCUGAUACCGCCGCGAAGCAUGCCGUCUUCCGAGGCAAACAUGCCUGCCCUCGACGAGAGUUGGGCAUCCCUCACCGAUAUCGAGUCUUUGAGUGGGGAUGAUCUAAGGUCUGAACAUACCGACGUCGGGUCCCUACUCGAUGUUUACAACUUAGAGGACGUUUACAGUAUCGUGGACGAAUUCAGCCCAAGUCAUGGAAGGCAUACUAGUGUGGAGGAUACCAGAGACAACUCGUCAGAUCUACGCCGUACAAAGAUUUUGAGGAUGCAAGGAGAAGCGACGAAUGAUGUUCGUUCUAGAAGUGGCCAAGUCGACGAUGACACGCAAGAGAUUGGCACAUUUCCUCCCCAAUGCUAUACGAAGGUCAACUCCCUUAGCAAGGAGCAAGGUCAGGCGAUGCGACAGAGAUUCCCACGCACUGACGACCUGACCACCUAUUCCAGCAUCGUUCAUAUGGCACUCAUGGAACAUGGAUUGGAUCUAGACACCCUCGGCUAUUUCAAGAUCGUCUUGCUAGGCAAACAGGUCGAACAAUUUCGGCCAGAACUUCAGAGAAAGCUUGGUGACGCGUUGGCGGCUCGCCCAGUCACGACGUACAGCCCAAGAUCCUCGAUAUCCAGAUUUCACCUCGUUCCAAACUCCUUCGGACCAGGAUCAAAGCCAGACUAUGCCGACCUGGUAGCUAUUGACAAGCAAAUCGACUUUGAAUGUUUUGACUCCGUCGAGGAAUUGAGCAGCCCACGACCGGCUUUUGUUUUGAAAGACCGUCAAUCGAAAUCUGAGGUUGCUUCUCAAUGGGAUGGCUACAGAUACGUGGCGACCAAUCCACGCUGGACACUCCCCGACCUUGCCAUCAUAUGCGUUGACCUCGAAAGAGGAUUCCUGGAUUCUCAGAGCCUCGCAUUUUUGAGGUUUGCCGCCCAGCACGAGAUCCCUAGUAUCACCAUCCGAAUGGAUCGAAGUUGGCAUGGAGUAUACAACCUCCGAACAUGGGAUUCGACUCAUCUGUACGAGACUGUCGAGGCAAGGACCGAGCAUUUACAAUCUGUCGACCGCCUCGACCCGCUUCCAGUGCACAUGGGGCAAUUUUUGAACCUCGACUCUGCUACCCUGAACAAGCACAUUGCUUUCAUCACCUCGAAACCGGACGAAGACCUGCCGCGGUCUUUUGUGGAUGCAGUCAAUCAGGAGGCUAGUGUGACGGAGAAGCCAAAGGAUGGUCGCGGCCAGUUUCUGCGCAGCAACACUUUUCUGAACAAGAACCUUCUGAUGGCUCUUUGGUUGCUUGGCGCCUAUCUUCUUCUCGGUGCUCGACUAUGGCCCAUCAUGUACGAGACAAUCUCGGGCGCAUCUGGAGAUGGGGUUCAAGAGAUUGUACAUUCACAUGCUGUUCCUAGCAUGAUGCCCACAUGGACCUCGGCGACUCCGGUUUCUGAGACGCCCGGACAUGUCCCAGUCGCGCAGGUCACCCCUUCCGACACAAGUAGAGCUAUUCAACUUGGACAGCCAAACCUCGCAGUCGCAUCUAUCUAUCAACUGGGGGAAGAUGCCCUUCAUUUCCAAGUGGGGCUCGCAAAUGAUAAUCAGUUUAUGGUGAAAUUGCCCAAGAUUGCUACCAGUCGAAAGAAGCGAUCGCCUCUGUCCGUUGUGCUCGAGCGAAACAACGAUACUGUCCCGGCUGUUGUACAUGAGCUUCUUGAAGGGGUGUAUAGCAUACAACUCCAGCCACACGAUGCCUUCGGAGACAUCGAGGUCAAUCUGACCAUGACCAAGCCUAGUCUGAGCGAGACUCUGACUGUGUCCUUUGGGGAUCGCCCGACUUUGGUUCAGCUCUCUGCGAAGAAGGUCAUAGAGAUGGCUGAGAAGCAGAUCCAUGCUAUGAUAACAACACUGUCAAACAUCAUGCCUGCUAGGCGGCAAAAUCUGAUCAUCAAAGCUGUCAAUGGAACACGAAGUAAGCUCGGCGAAGCCAUGCACUACAAACUCGAUGACCUUGCGCCUCUGAAAGCGCAUGUCUUGCAAAGCGCGAGAGCGGCCCGUGAGGACUUCCUCGAAAUGUCAGACAGAGGUGCUCUUCAAGGGAAGAAGACUUUGGGUCGACUAUCAAAUGGCAUCUCAGAAGCAGGAAAGGCACUUUCGAGAUGGUUCGAUUCCAUGGACUUGGCCCGGCUGCAGCACGACCUAAGCGCAAAGGCAAUGUUGGUUGAAAAACUGGCUGUUGCACAAGAGCGCGCACGACAGAUCGUGUCCAAGGGCGAAACUCGGGUGAAGUCGAAACGACACAGCCGUCGACAUGGCCGCAGACAUGGCAAGGUGUAAAAUGACACCACGGAGCUCUUACUUACGUGUUGAGUUUGUGAGGUUAUGGUGUAGGGUAGCGCAACGAUAACGACGAAACAGAGAACAUGGCGUUGGUUAGGCUCAGUUGCUGCAAAGGCAUGCUUUUCUCGGGGCAAUGGUGCUUGGGUGAUAAGAGGGUUGUGUGUUUUCUGGUGUUGCGGUGAUGGGUUUACAUCCUAGUGUGAUAUGGCGACUUACCCAGUCCUGGCAUAAUGCAGUCCAUACACAAAGCCUUGAGACUGAGAAAUGGCUUUCUUAAACAUGAAAAUUGUGUCUAAAGAGUCCUUGAAGAUCUAUACUGUAGAU